AUGGCGGAGGGCUCGUGCAAGGUUUAUUUGGACAUCGACAUCGACGGGGAGAAGGCUGCCUACGAGCUCGGCAGGGACUUUGUCGAUGCCUGCGACAUCAAGUACUCCCUCUCGUCCAAGGACGUCCUGAAGCUUGGCGGGUCUGAGAUCGCGAGGCUGCCGGAGCUCUUCGAGUCGGACUUCGAGUGGAGCCAGAAGGGCAAGGCGUUGCCGCCCCAGCAGCGGGUGGUCAUCGAGCUCGCGGAGAAGGACCGGGACGCCGCUGCCCGGCAGCCCCCCCGCACGGCCCGGCCCACCUGGCCGCGGCCGACCCGGGCGCCCGCCCGCCCGCGGCGAUGA